AUGCGUUCUCUUCUCGUUCUCAUCGCUCUCGUCGGCGCCGUGGCUGCCAUCGAAAUGUUUGGACGUGACCAGUCUUCCGCGGUAAGACCAAAAAAGGCAUUGUUUUGCAGGAGCAAUUGAAAUUUAGGUUCGUGGAAAGCUCAUUUGCGACCAAAAGCCGGCUGUUGGUGUCAAGGUGAAACUAUGGGAUAAGGAUACCUGUUAGUUUCCGUAGGAUUUCAGUAUAAACUAGUAAAUCUUUGUUCUCAGUGGACGCUGAUGAUCUUCUGGACGAGGGGCACACUGAUGCGAACGGAGACUUCCAGCUCUCCGGAUGGACCAAGGAAUACACCCCGAUCGACGUAAAGCUCAACAUCUACCACGACUGCAACGACGGAUUCAAGCCAUGCCAAAGAAAGUUCGGAAUCAAGAUCCCUGACUCGUACACUACUUCCGGAAAGGUCGCCAAGAAGGUGUACGAGGCCGGAGUCAUCCAACUCGCCGGAUCCUACCCAGGAGAGAGCCGUGAUUGCAUCAACUAA